AUGCGGCUCCUUUGGGACUUCUUGCUGGCACUCAAUGAGCUUUCAGAGCUAUCAGAUGACGCAGACCAUCCGGAUUUUAGGAAACCCACAACCAGGGUAGCAACAGCCCAGCUGUUGAUAGCCUCGUGCCUUGGGCUGUUUGCCUUAUUAACAUUUUCUGUACUGCUCAAGAAGAUGCCUAAGCUGUACGCAAGCAGGAUAGGACGAACGCAGACUGCGUUGCCGUCUUGGAAUGACAAUUCAUUAUUUGCCUGGGUUCCUGUUUUGUACAAAAUAAGUGAGAGUCAAGUGCUGGAGUGUGCAGGUUUGGAUGCAUAUGUGUUUCUGGGGUUUUUCAAAAUGAGCAUUAAACUUCUAGCUAUAUGCUGUGGAUUUUCUGUAUGCUUGAUUUCUCCAAUAAGAUAUCAUUACACAGGAAGGUAUGACGAUGGCAAUGACGGCGAUGGCACCUUCAACAUCCUAAAGAAGGCGGAAGAUGGUAUGGGUGAUCCAAAUCCAGAGAGGGCGGAAAUGUAUCUUUGGAUGUAUGUGAUUUUCACUGCCUUUUUCACUUUAGUUUCACUCUACUUGUUGAUUCAACAGACCAAAGUGGUUGUAGACACGAGGCAAUGGUACUUGGGUCGACAAAAUACUUUAACUGACAGAACUAUAAGACUCACUGGUAUACCAGUAGAGCUGCGGGAUGCUGCAGCAUUAAAGGCAAGAAUUGAAGAACUGGAGAUUGGGAGCGUAGCAUCCAUCAGUAUUUGUCGCGAAUGGGGGCCCUUGAAUAACCUCUUCCACUAUCGCAAAAAGGUACUCGAAAAGUUAGAACUGAAGUAUGCUCAGUGCCCAGAAGCACUGCGCGACCCUGAGCAUUUUGAUGAAAACUACAGACUGAGAAGCGACUCCUCCAGAGAAGACCUAGGAGAGAAUGACCAAUACGAUGGUAAUAAUCAGGAUGCAGAAGAUUCAAACCGUCUGUACUCUCACAUCAGGUUGGAAGGCCGUCAAAAGACUCGGACAGGAUUGUUUGGCAUCUUUGGUGAACGUGUGGAUGCCAUUGAUUACUUGGAAAGGCAGUUGAAGUUCAUCGACAAUGAAAUUAUAGAAGCUCGCCAAAAGUCUUAUCCGGCCACGCCAACGGCCUUCGUAACGAUGGACUCUGUAGCAAAUGCCCAGAUGGCUGCACAAGCUGUACUUGACCCUCGCGUACACUAUUUCAUUACACGCUUAGCACCCGCCCCUCAUGACAUCAAAUGGGAUAACGUUUGCUUAUCCAGAAGAGAGAGAUUAACAAAAGUAUGGUCCGUGACAAUUUUCAUCGGCUUUUGCAGCUUUUUCCUUGUUAUCCCAGUGUCUUACCUCGCUACAUUGCUAAACCUGAAAUCUAUAUCCAGGUUUUGGCCACAACUUGGGGAUUAUUUGAAGGAGAAUAGAUGGGCUCAAAAUUUGGUGACUGGCCUAUUGCCCACCUAUUUAUUCACCUUGUUGAAUAUUGGUGUCCCGUAUUUCUACGAAUUUCUGACGUCUCGACAGGGCCUCGUUUCCUAUAGUGAGGAGGAGGUCUCAUUAGUAUCCAAAAACUUCUUUUACAUUUUCGUUAAUUUGUUUUUGGUCUUCACUUUGGCAGGAACUGCAUCUAACUAUUGGGGCUACUUGAGCGAUACUACAAAGAUAGCUUACCAGUUAGCCACUUCGGUAAAAGAAUUUUCACUGUUCUAUGUUGACUUGAUUAUUUUGCAAGGAAUCGGAAUGUUUCCUUUCAAGCUUCUACUGGCGGGAAGUCUUAUCGGAUUCCCAUUCGUGAAGAUUAAGUGUAAAACACCCAGACAAGAAAGAGCACUCAUGAAGCCUCCAAUCUUCAACUUCGGUCUACAAUUACCCCAACCCAUACUUAUUUUGAUUGUUACUCUGAUAUACAGUGUGAUGAGCACCAAAAUCCUGGCGUCAGGAUUAGCGUAUUUUGUGAUUGGGUUUUACGUGUACAAAUAUCAGUUAGUGUUUGCUACCGACCAUUUGCCUCAUUCGACGGGAAAGGUAUGGCCUUUAAUAUUCAGAAGAGUAAUUCUUGGCUUGUUGCUAUUUCAACUCACAAUGGCCGGGACAUUGGCGGGCUUCCAAGGAGGCUGGAUUCUCUCGUGUUUUCUCGCCCCUCUACCACUUAUAACCCUCAGCUUUUUGUGGGAUUUCGAAAAGAAUUACCUCCCCCUCUCGAAUUUUAUUGCACUUAGCUCGAUACGAGAAUAUGAGCGCGAUAAUAGCACAGUUUCAAGCUCAAAUGGAAUGGGUGAUUACCAGUACCCAUACCUCGUUGCGCCCUUGGAACGGCCACUUACAAUUAGCGAAGCUGUGUAA